AUGAAGGUCACUCCCCGCCCCAACACCGAGCGUGGCCAGCGUGACCUCGGUUGGCUCAAAGCUUUUCAUACCUUCAGCGCGCCAGGGUUCGACCGUCCAGACCACGAGCGCUGGGGUCCCCUGCGUGUCAUCAACGAGGAUCGCAUUGCGGAGGGGACAGGCUUCGGCUUGCACCGUCACCAAGACUUCGAGAUAUUUUCAUAUAUCGUCGGCGGCGAACUCGAGCACCGGGACACGAUGAACCAUAACGAAGUUCUCAAACGAGGCGACAUCCAGAUGACGUCGGCCGGGUCUGGCAUACAGCACUCGGAGCAUGCGCACGGCGCACACUCUGCGCACCUCCUGCAGAUCUGGGCAUUCCCCACCGCGACAGGAUUGGCCCCGAAGUACUUCACGCGCACUUUCUCCGACGCCGAGAAAGCAGACAAAUGGGUGUGCGUUGUCGCACCCGCCGGUGUAGAGGGCGUCGUGGAGGAGUUCAGUGCGAAGGGUCCUGCUCCUAUCCAUUCGCCGCUAACGCUCUUCGCAACGAUGAUCUCGGAAGGGCAGCAUGUUACUCACGCCUUCUUGAAAGGCACGGAGGGGAAGGAGAGAAAGGGAUACUUGCAGCUAUCGCAAAGAUCGGCGUACAAUACCGGUGCGGCAAGCGGCGCUCAUGUGCGUGUUCUCGGCGCAGAGCGUGGUCCGAUUGAGUUGAGGGAAGGGGAUGGGGCGUACGUUGUAGCUACUCCAGGGGAGGACAUAACGGUGGAAAACAUUGGGCAGGGUGUGGCAGAAGUAUUAUUAUUCGAUAUGGAAUGA